CCAGAAUCCAUCUCAUCUGUAUAUACAACUGUAAGCAUCAUGUCCACCUACACUAUCGCCAGCGGCGACUCACUAUGGAAAAUCUCGCAAGACCACGGGGUCACCCUGGAUGCGCUGAAAGCCGCCAACCCGCAGAUCACCAACCCGGAUCUUAUCUAUCCGGGGCAACAACUGAAUAUUCCGAGCCCUGAGCAGCCUACCCAGGUGGCACAGAGUCGAGACAUUCCGGAGGCUCCUCGUGAUACUCCCUAUGCCAGUUCUGCCACCACCAAUGUUGGUGGUUAUCCACCAAGCGCUGCUGCAACCGCCCCCAAUGCAUCCCAUGCUCCCCCCAUCCCACCAAGAAUCCCCCGCCCAGCAAUGACCCGUCCACCGGCUCCGCAUAUCAAUGUCGGCCGACCCGGCUACAAAACCGUCGGCUACUUUACCAACUGGGGCAUCUACGGCCGCAACUACCAACCCCAAGACAUCCCCGCCGACUACAUCACCCACAUCCUCUACUCCUUCGCCAACAUCCGCCCCACCGGCGAAGUCCACCUAACCGACACCUACUCGGACCUCGAAAAGCACUACCCAACCGACAGCUGGUCCGACCCCGGCGACACCAACGUCUACGGAUGCAUCAAACAACUCUACCUCCUCAAAAAACGCCACCGCCAUCUCAAAACCCUCCUCUCCAUCGGCGGCUGGACCUACAGUCCCAAUUUCGCUCUCCCCGCAUCCACCCCCACCGGCCGCCAAACCUUCGCCCGGAGCGCCGUCCACCUCCUCGCCGAUCUGGGCUUCGACGGGAUCGACAUCGACUGGGAGUAUCCCCAGAAUGCAGCCCAAGCGCAGGACUUUGUGCUCUUACUCCAGGAAACCCGUCGCGAAUUGGACCGCUACGCGACUAGGUAUCUCCAGGGAAAGAGGCUACUACUCACCGUCGCGGCACCGUGCGGAGCAAGUAACUAUACCAAACUCCGCAUGCGCGAAAUGGAUCAGUAUCUCGAUUUCUGGAACCUCAUGUGUUAUGAUUUCGCGGGUAGAUGGGAUGAGAGGGCGGGGCAUAUGGCGAAUCUGUAUUCCUCUCGCUCCGCCACCGGAUCUGGUGCCACGCCCUUCAACGCCGACGAAGCCAUCACUGCAUAUCUAUCCAGCGGUAUCAAACCCCGCAAACUCAUCUUCGGGAUGCCGUUGUAUGGUCGCGCGUUUGAGAAUACCGAUGGUCCAGGACACCCGUUCCAGGGUGUCGGGGAGGGGUCUUGGGAGAAUGGGGUGUGGGAUUAUAAGCAUUUGUCCGGGGAGGGGAGGGGGGAGGUGGUGGUGGAUUCGGGGCUAGGGGCCAGUUGGUCGUUUGAUGCGGGGAAGAGGAAGAUGGUGAGUUUUGAUUCGGUGGAGGUGGCGGCGUUGAAGGGGGAUUAUAUUGCGGGACGGCGGUUGGGGGGGGCCAUGUGGUGGGAGUUGAGUGGGGAUUUGCCCGUGGGGGAUGAGAGGAGUUUGGUGAGGUCGGUUUGAGAAUUUGAGGAGGGGGUUUGAGUAGAUAGUUAGGGUGGUGUAUAUACUGGGUGGUGGGUGCGUUGCUACAGCGCC